AGCAACAUUCAGACUUCACACUGAGUUUUAUGAAUAUUUAUCUUAUCGCAACAUCAACGAUUUAGUUCGUCUUCCGGCUUCGUUUAAGCUUACAUCUUUACUGCGGAUAUCUUUAUCGAUAAAUCGACUUUUUAAAAAGAAAAUAUGUUUUUCAAGUGCUACGUGUGGAAAUUAUCAGCGUUUAUUGUCAGUCUCUUGUAUCUUCACAGUGUUGCUGGUUUCUUUGUGAAACAUGUCAAGACAGGAAUGUGUAUCUAUGACACAGCACAAAUACAGUCACAAGGCUCGGGCGCGGGCAACUUAUCUUUUCUUGAACUCUCCAACAACUGUCUGGAUCCAGCUGCUCAGUUUCGGUUUCGUGAUAAUGGCGCCAUGUUGAAUUUGAAAAGACGAGGAUGUCUUGCGGCUUUUGUCAACUCUUUUUCUGGUCACUAUCUUCAUAUGUUUUAUCUUUUCGUCCCUGCUGCCUCCGUAAGUUUAGAUAAUUCUUCCUGUGCGCAAGAUCCCGGAAGGAAAAUCUAUCGUCGUAUAACCCAGACCUCCUGGGGAGGUUUAUCUGUAUAUUAUAAAGGGCGGUUUGUCACUAGCGUAUUUCAGAACUGGUGUGCAGUUCCUAGAACACUCACCCCGCUCGUUCAAAGUUACAGAAUAGACUCAUUCAUUGGAUUGGAAUAUAAUUGCAACUACGCUGAGGAUAGACGUUUCAACUUUGGUUCAGUGACAUGUUAUGGAAAAACGACAGAGAAUGUCACUUGUCCUAAAGAUCAGUUCAUGGUGGUCAAGACUGCAUCUUACCGUGGAUUGUCUGACUCAAAGACAUGUGGUUUGAGUGAUGAUUAUAGUUGUACAGUUGAUGUAACAUGUCUUGUUAAGAAACAAUGUGAUGGUCAACAUGAGUGUAAAAUAACUGUGGAUAAAACCUUGUUCUCUGAUGAUCUGUGUCCUGGAUUGAAAAAAUAUCUUUACUUUGAAUACCGAUGUUUUAAUGAUGUGAAAAAUUAUAACGAUGUUUGCGUUCGUGGCGUAUCUUUAUCUUUAUCUAAUUCGUCUUUGCCAAACGAAGGUAUUGUGCAAAUUACCGCGAAUAAUUGGACAAAGAGUGUUUGUGCAGGAAGUUUAAAUGAUAAAGCCAAAAAUGUUGUUUGCGCUCAUAUGGGUUACAAAAGAGCAGAAUCUGUUGUUAAUACUCCGGUUCUACCCGAUUCAAAAAUUGAAAUAUUUUCUGGAACCAUAAACUGCAAUCAUGAUGACAACGACUUAUCCUUCUGUUCGCUCACAAUUUCCACCUCAAGUUGUUCCCAGUUGUCAUACAUAAAAUGUCAUAUUUGCGACAGUCCUUUGUUAGAAGACAAAGAAAGAAUUCCAGAUUCGUCAUUCACUGCCUCAGUUUCUUCAGAAGGUCACAGAGCUUCUGAUGCAAGGAUAUCUAGUGGUAGUUCUUGGUGUGCUCCUGUCUCAGAUGAUAAACAUUAUCUUCAAGUGGAUUUUAAAAGACUUUAUUCGAUAAAUUAUGUCGCAACAUUUGGAGACGGUACAAGUGCCAAAUGGGUGAAGACGUAUAUCUUGAAUUAUACGACAGACUUGAUAAACUGGAAACAAUCACCCGCUGUAUUCCAAAAGAUAUUUCGAGGAAACCAGAAUGCUUUCAAUGACGCAGCCAUAAGAAAUUUAAAUGGCUUAACAACAAGAGCUUUACGGUUUAUUCCAUUAUCGUAUGAAGUUCAACCUUGUAUGAAAAUUGAGAUCUGUGGUCAGAGAGCCGCUGGCUUUUUUGUGAAACAUGUUAAGACAGGGAUGUGUGUUAUCGACACAGGAUUUGAGAAAAAUUCAAGCCCACUUUGGGGUAGCUUGUCUUUUUUGGAACUUUCUAACAACUCGUGUUUCGAUGAAGCUGCUCAGUUUCGGUUUCGUGAUAAUGGCGCCUUGUUCAACAUUAAGAGAAAAGGAUGUCUCGCUGCUUAUUUUAAACUUGAUUUUGGUCCAAAUUUUGAUGUUUUAUAUCUUUACGUUCCCGCUACAUCACUGGCACUAGAUUAUUCUGCCUGUGCGCAAGAUCCUGUAAAGAAAAUCUAUCGUCGUAUAACCCAGACAUCUUGGGGAGGUUUAUCUGUAUAUUACAAAGGUUAUACGAAAACAACAUUUCAGAAGUGGUGUGCAGUCCCUAAAACACACGCCCCGCUCGCUCAAAAAGAAGGAAUUGAUCCCUACAUUGGAUUGACAACAGAUUGUAAUGACACUGAGGAUAAACGUUUCAUUUUUGGCUCAGUGAUAUGUUAUGGGAAGAUGGUAGGCAAUAUCAAAUGUCCUAAAGAUCAGUUCAUGGUGGUCAAGACUGCAUCUUACCGUGGAUUGUCUGACUCAAAGACAUGUGGUUUGAGUGAUGAUUAUAGUUGUACAGUUGAUGUAACAUGUCUUGUUAAGAAACAAUGUGAUGGUCAACAUGAGUGUAAAAUAACUGUGGAUAAAACCUUGUUCUCUGAUGAUCUGUGUCCUGGAUUGAGAAAAUAUCUUUACUUUGAAUAUCAAUGUAUUGAUACUGUGAAAUCUUAUAGCGUUGUUUGUGGUCAUAUUUGCGACAACCCUCUGUUAGAAGACAAAGAAAGAUUUCCAGAUUCGUCAUUCACUGCCUCAGUUUCUUCAGAGGGUCACAGAGCUUCUGAUGCAAGGAUAUCUAGUGGUAGUUCUUGGUGUGCUUCUGUCUCAGAUGGCAAACAUUAUCUUCAAGUAAACUUAGGAAAACUUUAUGUGUUAUAUAAUGUGACAACGUUUGGUGACAGUACCAGUGCCAAAUGGGUGAAGACUUACAACUUAAAUUACACUGUUGAUUCAACGAAUUGGAAACAAGUUCAGACUGAAAAUCACAAGAUCUUUCAGGGAAACAAAAAUGCUUUCAAUGAUGCAGCAAAAAGAAGUUUAAAUGACAUAACAACAAGAGCUUUACGUUUUAUUCCAUUAUCGCAUGAAGUUCAACCUUGUAUGAGAGUUGAGAUCUGUGGUGACAAUUUAUACCCAGACCAACCUAGAAACCUCACCGUCUUUAACAUCAAGUCACGAAGUGUUGAAAUAUCGUGGAUUGAUCCUGAGAAUCAAGGAUUUACCAGCGUAUCAAGAUUUUGGAUUAAAAUAAAGAAAGACGGCUCGCUUAUCCUGAAUAUGACCACAGGAAAAAUAAAUGAAUAUAAAAUAGACAAGCUCACUCCAUACACAAGCUAUGAAAUAUCUGUAGCUGCUGGAAACAAGGAUGGUUUUAGUGAAGAGAAUACUAUUGUGUUUUCGACAGGAGAGGAGGCUCCAGAAGGUCCUCCACUGAACGUGAAAGUCACUGCAGAAAGUUCAUCCUCAUUAUCAGUCACGUGGGAUCCUCCUGAAGAAGAGAAAAGAAAUGGCGUGAUCGUCAAUUAUACUGUGUGCAUCUCACAUGAAGAAACUAAACCUUGCUUUAAAGAACAUACCACAGAGAAGAUGAUGUUGGUCAUCGACAAUUUGAAUGCCUCAACUAAAUAUUUUGUUCGUGUUCUUGCAAGUACUAGAGUUGGUCGAGGAAACUACAGUAAAAGUCAGGGAAUAUUUACAAAUGGAGAAGGAACAAAGAUGGCAACAAAGAGAACAGAAACUACAUUAACUUUCUCGUUACAAAUCCCUUCGGAAAAUUUUACAUAUUUUUACGUUGUGGCUUUAAGAAUAGAAGGCAAUGACAAACUUCCAUCACCCAGCAGUUACGAUAACAAUGAUCUAGUGACAUACAAAGAAGCUAAAACGUCAGCUGAACCAAAACCUUAUAUUGCUGCCGUCAUAAAAACCAGAGAUGAAAACAUGUUUAUACUUGGUGAUGGUGGAAAUACAAGUUUUCAAACAACACGAAGACGAAGAUCAACAACAAAUAAUUAUUAUAAUGGACCACUGGAGUCUGGAGCAAGUUACAGUAUUUUUCAAAGGAUCUUUCUUGAUGACAAGGGUGAAUUUUACUCCACUGAUUGGAGUCCUUCAUCGACAACCCUUAGCAUAAACUCAGGUGGUGCCCCUCGUGUGUUAACCAACAUGUCCAGUGGUGACGUAAUGGCAAAGGAAGGAGCUCAAGGAGAGGGCGAAGGUCGCGAUAAUCAUCUUGUGGGAAUUAUAGUAUUAAUAAUUAUUCUGGUCAUUUUACUCAUUAUUAUCGCUUAUUUGUUUCAACGAGUUCAUCGUCUCAAAUCGUCAAGCACUACGGGAAAUUUGGAGAGGAAGACCAAAGACUGUUCCAAAGAUAUUUAUGAAAAUCCUAACAAAGAUGACGUUGACAAUUAUGAACAAGUGGAGAAUGAACAGUCGACGUAUACAGCUCUUAAAAGACCUGGAAAGGACGAAGAUGAUCAUGUUUAUAGUCAUCUGAAUCAAAGACCGCAAGAAUACGAAAACCAGAAGGAAACUGGAUUAUAA